AUGGUCCGCAUGCGCGCCCUGAGGUAUUUGGGAAGGGCCCUCGCGGGCUCGACUCCGGCUCUUGCUGCAGCGAUGGGGCCCCCCGCGCAGUGCAAGGAGCGCGCCAGCAGCAGCAGCAGCGACUUGAGCAGCCUUGUGGACAGCCCGCCCCCCGUGUUGGGGGAGGCGGCUUCGCUGCGUUGGCAGCUGCGGAACGCGCUGACUUCGCUGCAGCUGCGACUGCACCUGCUGCGGCUGGAGCCGUCGGUGGCGGGUGGGGAGGCCCCCGAGGGGCCCCCCGGGUCACGGGGGCCCCGGGGCCCCCGCCGCAAACGCGUGGUGGUUGCGGGCGGCGGCUGGGCCGCGGCCUCCUUCGUUAGCAAGCUGGACCCCCGCCGCUUCGAGGUGGUGUGGAUUUCCCCGCAAGACCACUUUUCUUACACGCCGCUGCUGCCGUCGGCCUGCGGGGGCAGCCUGCCCGUGGCUGCAUGCACUUCGAAGCUGCGGGACUUGCUGUGCUUCGGGGGCCUCCCAGCGGCGCGGGGCCGGUACCACCGGGCCUUCGUGGAGUCUGUGGACUUGGUGCGGAAGACGGUGACUUGCAGGCCCGCGGCUGUGCCCGAGGGGCCCCCCGGGGGCCGCGGGGGGGCCCCCUGGGAGGAGCCUUUUGACUACAUGGUGCUUGCUGUUGGCUCCGACGUCAACACUUUCAACAUUGAAGGGGUCAAGGAACACGCGCUGUACCUCCGCACAGCCCAAGACGCAGAGAGGGUCCGGGCCCGCCUGGGGGCCUGUCUAGAAGCUGCAGCAAACCCCUCAGUGACAGCAGCAGAGCGGGAGCGGCUGCUGACAGUGGUGGUGGUGGGGGCGGGGCCCUCGGGGGUGGAAGCAGCAGCAGAAAUCCGGGACUACCUCAACACCACGGGGGCCCGGCUCUACCCAGACCUGCAGCAGCACUUCCGAGUGCUGCUGCUGGAGAUGGGCGCUGCGCCGCUCCCCAUGUAUGACCAGCAAGUGCAGCAAGCAGCAAAGGCCACGUUUCAGAAGAGCGGCGUGGAGCUGCACCUGAACACGCAGGUCACUCGCGUGGGGCCGGACUCAGUGACGGUGCGGCGGCUGCAGCCGCGAGCAGCAGCAGCAGCAACAGCAGCAGCAGCAGCCACGACUGCAGCGGCGGCUGGCGGCGGCGCCGCCAAGGAGGGCGCCGCCGCGGGCGCCGGCGGCACCUCCGCAGGCGCCGGCGCUGCUGCUGCUGCUGCUGCCGCCGGCGCAGCAGCAGCAACUCCUGCAGCAGACACCAUCCCCACCAACUUCGUCUUGUGGGCCUCUGGAGUCCGCCCCACAGAACUCGCCACUGCUGUCGCCAGGGGCCUCCCCGCCCAGAGCCGCCCCCAGCGCCUCCUAGUGGACCCCGCGCUGCGGGUCUUGGGCACAGACUGUCUUUUUGCUGCUGGCGACUGCUGCACCAUUGAGCCCCCCAAGCUCGCCCAGCACGCCCAGCAGCUCUUCGAAAGGGCUCAGCGGGAAAACCCCACCACCGGCGCAGGUACGGAAUGGCUGCUGGCGAAUGGCGAGAAGCUCUCGACAUUGUUUCCCCAGGUGCACCCCAAGCGCAACAAACUCGACACCCUCGCUCCAAGGUCUAAUCUCGACUUGAAACAGUUUACGGAACUUCUGCAGGAAAUAGACAAGCGCUACGUGAGCCCGGCCCCGACGGCGCAGAAUGCCCGCCAAGAAGGAAUGUACCUGGCGCUGCUGUUCAACGCGUACCUGGGCUCUGGGGAUGUUCCCAAGGGGGCCACGGGGGCCCCCCAGGCGGCCCCAGUGCUGCCAGCAUUUGUUGACAACUGGAAGGGGUCUUUGUGCUUCCUGGGCGAGGGCACAGCAGCCCUGCAGCUGCCCGUGGGGACCUACGUGGGAGGCUUCCCGUUCACUCUGGUGUGGAAAAUGGUGUAUCUGCAGCUGCAGCUGAACGCCAGGGCCACCUGGCGCUGCUGCGAGGGCUGGCUGCAGACGGCGAUUUUCGGCAGAGACAUUCAGUGUGCAGCAUCCAGCCCCAAGGACCCGAAGGAAACGCAGUAA